AGUGACACUCUGGGACGGGAAGCAGAACAAACUGUAAGCUGCUGGGGGAUCCAUCUUGCUCGGAAAAGAGACGAGGUUGGAGGGAUUUGCCAGCUAAGAGUCGCAAAAAACUGUACCGUCCCUCGCUGAGCGCGCUGGGGAGCCCGAGGAGGGGCUGUGUCGCUGUUUGUAUGAUGUCCCGACAUGAGGGUGUGAGCUGUGAUGCAUGUUUAAAGGGCAACUUUCGAGGAAGACGAUUCAAGUGUCUAAUCUGCUACGACUACGACCUGUGCGCGUCGUGCUACGAGAGCGGGGCCACCACAACGCGACACACCACAGAGCACCCCAUGCAGUGUAUAUUAACCAGAGUAGACUAUGAUUUGUAUUACGGAGGAGAUACGGUUUCAGUGGAACAGCCUCAGUCGUUCACGUGUCCUUACUGUGGCAAGAUGGGCUUCACGGAGACCUCCCUACAGGAGCACGUCACCUCAGAGCAUUCAGAGACCUCCACAGAGGUGAUCUGUCCAAUCUGUGCCGCCUUGCCUGGAGGCGAUCCAAACCACGUGACGGAUGACUUCACGGCUCACCUCACCCUUGAGCACAGAGCUCUAAGAGAUUUAGACGAGUCCAGUAGUGUACGGCACGUACGCAGGAUGUUCCACCCAGGACGAGGACUAGGCGGCCCCAGAGCUCGGCGGACAAAUAUGCACUUUACUAGCGGCUCCACGGGGGGGCUCUCAUCCUCCUCGUCACAGAGCUCCACCUACACCCCCAGUAACAGAGAGACGAUGGACCCGAUCGCAGAGCUGUUGUCUCAACUGUCCGGCGUGCGGCGGGCUGCGGGGGGGCAGAUCAACUCGUCGGGCCCUUCGGCCUCCCAGCUCCAGCAGCUCCAGAUGCAGCUGCAGCUGGAGCGGCAGCAGGCCAACGCGGCCCGGCAGCAGGUGGAGGCGGGCCGCCACGCGACGAGACGCGGCAACAAUCCCAGCAACGCGGGCAACUCUGCCCCCCCUCCCAACGCGUCCACCGCCAACGCUACCGCAGUGGGUGAAAACAACCCCUCUUCCUCCUCGCAGAGCUCGCAGUUCCUAUUAGCACGGUUGAAUGAACCCAAGAUGUCCGAAGCGGACCGUCAGCUCCUGGAAGGAGAGAGGGCCGACCACAGCCUGUUCGUCCAGGAGCUGCUCCUCUCGACGCUAAUGCACGAGGAGAGCUCCUCCUCCGACGAGGACGAGCGCCGAGACUUCGCCGACUUCGGAGCCAUGGGCUGCGUGGACAUCAUGCCUUUAGACGUGGCGCUGGAGAACCUCCAGCUCAGAGAGAGCAGCUCUUCAGGGAGGGAGCCUCCGCCGCCUCCUCUUUGAUGUCCGAGCAUCGAACAGACUGUGUCCUCUGUGCUGCAACUGUCAAUGAUGGGGCAGCAGACAGCCGCGGUCCUCCCUGCCCCCCCCCCCCCCCCUUCUCUCUCUCUCUCCUCCCCUCCCUCCCCCUCCCCCUCUCUAUCUCCUCAGUUUGUUUUAAGGCCCAUAACUCACCGUAACUUGUUACAUUGUAAACAAAACUAAAAGCGAUCAAUUGGAAUAAAAUGUUCAUAUGGGGAAGGAAGCAAGAAAAGAGAUUUAUAUAAAUAUAUAUAAGAUAUCUAUGAAGUUGAUAAUCAACCCACGUAAAUUUUCUUUACCGGGGUUAGCGGUUGCAGGCGGCGUUGCUUCCUGUGGCGUGUGAAGGGAACCUCCAUAUAAAUACCCCCCCCCCCCCCCCCCCAUUCAGAAGUGGAGAGAAAACACAAGCCCCUCUGCUGAAGCUGCUCUGUGUGUUAAUGAUCAUUAAUAAAUAAAAAGUGUUUGGAUGGGUUACCAUAACUUACCGCAUGCAGUUAUUUGCAGCGUGCAUGACCUUUUUUUUUAACGACCCCUGUCAUUGAAAUUUUUUGUAUUGUCUCCUCAAAGAAGCCCCGGAGCUUUCUAGCUCCUCUCAAACGGUUUCCAUCAAAGGUAGCUUAGGCCCCCCCGGAGAGGAAGUAGAGUCACGAAGCGGCGCGCAGGAACGGGACUCCUAAAGGUACGUCCUGUCGGGGGGCGGGGGGGGGGGUGGGUGAGUAUUUAAACCCAAGAGAAAACGACUGGGAUCGGAAGAAGACGCCGCGAUGUGAGAGAUCGGUUUGACUUUUUAUUUUUAUUUUUUUUGUAUUAACGGCUGCAGACACGGAAGCCAAGAAUGUAAGAGAAGAGCUUCGCCUCUCUAGACGAUAAUCUUUAGUUGUGGAGAUUUUUAAAGCACAGUGUAGUUUUUAAUUUAUGAACCUCUCGAUGCGGUGCUCCUCCACCCUCUGCUCGUGUCAGACCACCUGCUUUCAAAAGGCUUGUUUGACGUUUCGCUGGAGCCUCACUUUUUCUUUUUUUUAUCCUAACUCAACUUUUUUCUUUUUUUUUCUUUUAAAGCUAGCACUUUCUAUUUAUUUAUUCCUGUUUUUUUUUUUUUUUUGGUUUUGUUUGAGCCUUGACUUGGAUCAUACCACCUUCAUGCCUCUACUUUUACCCUCCCUAUGUAAAGAAAAUGUACAUUGAAUUUUUUUGCGUUAACUUUCAUAAUGAUUCUAUGACAUGAGCAGACUUUUUUUAAAUGUAAAUUUAGAUUACAAUAAAUAUGGCACACAUCUUUUGAUGGAAGUGAAAACCUCCA